UCAUGGAAAGCACCGAAGGACUCAGGAACCGGCCCGCUGCACAUUCAGUGUACACCGGUCAGUACUGCCAAGGUGUAGGCGACGAUGAAAACGAAGAAAACGUGGAAGAAUUAAGGGAGAGACUCAAACAAAUGAAAGCCAUAGUCAACGAAAGAAGCAAUAAUCGGAAGUCGGGACUGGAUGAAGGAUUCUUAAGUGUUGUGUUUGCCUGCAUCCUCCUUGUAAUCGCAGGUGUUACAGUGUAUGCAUUUGUAGUUCUUUACACUGCUGUUCACAAACGUUGGACAGAACAGCCAGAAGACUAAGACUGAUAAGAUGAUGUUUAUUCCUUCAAAUAACAAAUACUCAUGAAUUCUCAACUUGGGAGCACAAAGUUUCAUGAUUUUCAUGGUUGUUGACAUUAUCAUUAGUACAUUCUUGCAUCUAUCACAAAACAGCAGGAUUCCAUAUCUUUUAGUACUACAUCUUAGAGUUGUCACAACUGAAUGAAGAGGUCAGAACAGGAAUUGGACAUAAAGGAGUGACAGAAAAUGUAAUGUAACAAAUGCCACUGAACUUGGUCCACUGAUCUGCUAGGUGCAAAAAAAACAAAAAAAAAAAACAAUUGUUGUAUGUCCUGUUGGUACAAUAUUUUGUUGUCAUUGACUCAAAACGAUAACACUGAAUAAGACAAUAUAAUAGUAUUAGGGUAUCAACAUUUGUAACUGUUUUCAUGGUUAACUUUUAGCGCCCCCCAAAUAAUAAUAAACAAAAUUCAAAUCAAAACUGGUUAUAUAGAUGAAGAGUCUCUUUCUCAUUUUUUCUUCAUAUAUUUUUGUUUGUGAAUAUUUAUUUCAAGCACAAGUUUUACCUUCACAUGAAAAAAGUAAAACUCUUUAGGUAACAAGGGAAUAAUAAUAAUAAUAAAAACUAUUACACACAUCAUAGGGCUGUUGUUGGCUGAGACUCAAAAGCAAUCACAAAUAAUUUCAUAUAAUUAAUUAGUAUUUAUAGAAUGUCAACAGCCCCUUCUUGUAUCUAGUGUGAAUUAGCAUAUAUAUAUUUAUACUCAAAUGUAAUCUUGUAACUAAGCCAUGCAGUUUUUUUUAAAUGAUUCUUCCUAGACUCCCAAUUUUCUUUGAAUGUUUAGAGUAAAAGAUGACAACAUUUCCUAGUUGUGGAAGAAUGUAAAGGAAUUAGUUUUGACUCAAAAAAUGGCUGUGCAGCAGGUGAAAAGCUGAAAAUUAGGUUCCAGUGUUAUUUAAUAUGUGGGCAUUUGUGCUUUCAUAUUUAAUAAACAAGAGCAGUAUUUCUGAUACAGCUUUA